CCUUCUUUCUUUUCUCUAUUUUUACUUCCCGUUGUUUUAUAUUAUAUGCUUGUUUCUCCUUUGCAUACAUCUACAAUGCUCUUACCGGGGGGCAUCAGCCCAAACGCUUGUGCGAGAAUCCCGAGAUCAUUAACUAACCACCUGCAUCACUCGGAAAUGUGGCCCAGGGCUGAUGGGGCGCCCAAGUCCACAAAUCUAAGUUACAUUGUCAGAAAACAAGGGAUUUGGAGUGGUCACUAACAUAAUACUAAUGCCGCUCACCACUCAUUUCUCCGCAUGCAGAGUAAGUACAACUAUUCUCCUACACAAGUGGUAUACCCACCAAAACGACAUGAAACGCAUUCAGAUUUAGUGACAACUCUACUGCAAACCUGGGAUAGGGUCUUACAGGUUGCCUAUCUACAAUUUGACCCUCAGCUGAGAGGUGGGUCCCAUGCCUUCAUCAUCAUCAUCAUCAUCAUCA